AUGAAUGAUUUUGUGAACUCGAAUGCACCUGAUCGACCAUUUUCGCUUGCUUCCAGCUCUGAAGCUGGGGGGACCCCAUGUUUCCCGCCAUUUUACAACGGUUUGCAACCGCAUGAUUCUAUGCAACAGCAACAGGUAUCCCAUCCUACUCUUAGCAAUGGAUCUCAUAAGCUAGAUGUGCCCAAUUCUGGUUUUAAGUGGCUUCCCCCUGCUGCUAAUACAGCGACACCAUUCAAGCAACUGUCUCAGCAAAAUCGGGGUGGAACUUCUUUUGUUGAUCCCAAAUCAAUAUGGGGGAGCUCCUGUGCUAAUUUGGACAAUGUUAGCGCUCAACCUACUAGCCCUUGGGUUGCCACAUGUUCUCAGAUUGCCAACUCAAGGGACCGUCAGUGCGAAACGCCUCUUAGUCGUGGUUCGCAACCACCCUACGGCUGUUUUUCGAAUCCUGGAUUCGGUUAUAGCGACGGUGCAUUGAUGUCACCUGGUGCCAAAGACAUGGCAGCCCUGGGUUUGCAAAUGGCCGAUCAAGUGCUGAGCAAAUCUCCUAGUCACGGAUGUGAUCAGAUUCCAUCUUCUCGGACCCAAGCAGUUUCUGCUGAUAGCGUCGCCCCUCCGUUGACUUUACUACCAGUUACAUCAUCUCUUGGGGAUGUACCACUACCGCCACCUUCGUUGCAGGCACAUCCAGACCCCACAAACGCUUCUGCAUCCCAACCACUGUCCCACGUUUACAGCACGCUUGCUGAGCGCCCAACGAACUCAUCAACGGUUCGUUUCCUCGACAUGGAGAAUGGUGGCACAGUAGAGCCCCAAUUCUCUCAUCCACCACCACCGCCCCUUUUCGACCCUGGUGCAGCCGCAGCAGCCUUCAAUGACCCAGCUGCCCUGCCACAUUUCAGCCGAUUCGUAGCCGCACAGCUCGAGGCUCUUCAACAUCAACAAGGUGGCGGUCCUCUUCCGAAUGGUGCGAUGGGUUCUGAUAUGGCAUUUUUAACCACUCAAAUGAGUCUCAUGCAAAUGGAGCCACAGCAGCAGUUCCCGCAGCAACCCGCUGCUCCACACCCUCCACCGCCUACGUCCACGAGUUUUUUUGCAAAUCAAUUCCUUAAUGGCAAUAGUGGCGUUUCAGGCAGUUUGAAUGAACCUACGACUGUCACAAAUCUCUCUUCUGCUACCUUUAUCUCUGGUCCUCCACAACUGAGUACUGCUCCGUGCUUCCUUCCACCUGACCAAGUCCCUCUUGGAGUAUGUCCAUCGUCCCCUGGUGGUGGCUCCCCUGCUGGGUACUUUCCCGGAGUCCCUUUCGAUUCCCGCGGACAGGCGUCCUUUGAGAAAGAAGGCGGUGUCAGGGAGAGUGGUCGAGCAAAUCAGCAGGACGAAGCCUCCGCAGCUGCUACAGCUACAUUUGCGAGCCAACAAAUGGCCCUCUUUGCACAGUCCAUCCAGUUGUUUGCUGCCGCUAUGAACAGUGGCGUGCCGCCGCGACUGCCCGCAGUGGCACCGCCUCCACCGAAUUCACCACUCGACAGCGCGGGACUGUGCGCCCCAAAUGGAUAUGAUCCACACCAAUCGGACUCGACGUCUGUUGGUGGAUUUACAUCUCAGGGAUAUUUUAAUCUGGAUAAGUUCAAGGUCUUUGCUAGCUCUCCUAGUGGCUGCGGCACGUGUCUUGUUCCAAAUUCGGGUCCAUCAGUCAGUUCACCAGCAUUUCAACAGUUACCUCCGACGGCCAGCAGCCACCACCCUCAUCCCUGCUUCGGUCCACCUCGCCUCCCAUCGAAUCCACUGGACCAGCAACCACAACAACAAACACAUCGUUCCCCUUUCUGCAACCAACGCUUGCCUCUUACUCCUGCUCCCGAUUCAAAUUUUUGUCCGGAGACACCAGGUACCGUUGCACCUCAUUGCCCCGCCCCUCCACCACCAUUCACUCCCAUUACACAUUCCCCCUUUACCACCACGACCCCUGCUGAGUGUAUCGGUUUCCCUCCCCCAACUCCAGAUUUGACAGUCCCUCCUCCGUCAUGUUUUCCCCUUGUCGAUUUCACCCGUCGAUUCUCCUCCCCACAGAACAGAACCCCAUUUGGCCCUCAACCCUCUAUGGAGAACCAUGCUUUCCUUGCCUUGCCCUUAAAAGGUUUAAGGGGUCACCAAAAUUGUCAGCAGCAGAGACUACUACUUUUUAAAAAUCAAGCUGUGAACUUGUUUGGUGCUGACGCUGGUAGAGGGCACUUGCCUUUUGUGCCAACAGCUGCUGGCGCUAUGUUCCCAACAUUGGCCUCAUCAAUGCAGGGCACUUUACCAGGGUCAAAUCCAAUGGCUAUCCCGGAACGGGGUCGGCUGUUGGAGGAUUACAGGUAUUCUCGAUUGCCCCUCUUGACACUUCAAGACCUCGCUGGACACAUAGUAGAGUUUGCACAGGACCAGUACGGUUCUAGGUUCAUUCAACAAAAGUUAGAGCAGGCCAGUGCCGUGGACAAGACAGCCGUCUUUCGCGAGGUUCUUCCUCAUUCUUACAGCCUCAUGACGGAUGUCUUUGGCAAUUACGUUAUUCAAAAAUUCUUUGAGCUUGGCACUCCCGAACAAAAACAAAUUCUCGUACACCGGAUCAGAGGUCAGGUUCUGACGCUUUCUUUACAAAUGUACGGUUGUCGGGUCAUCCAGAAAGCUAUUGAAUCAGUCGGUCUUGAGACUCAAAUUAGCAUCGUGAAGGAACUAGACGGGUGCGUACUCAAGUGUGUUAAAGACCAAAACGGAAACCACGUUGUUCAGAAGUGCAUCGAGUAUGUCCCUUCGGAGCACCUUCAAUUUAUUGUAGACGCCUUCAAGGGGCACGUACAUUCAAUCUCUACGCACUCUUAUGGUUGCCGUGUGAUCCAACGCAUUUUGGAACAUUGCAGUGCCGACCAAACAGCCCCCAUUCUUGCAGAACUGCAUCAAUGCGCCGAGUCCCUUUUCAAGGACCAAUAUGGUAAUUAUGUUAUUCAGCAUAUCCUGGAACACGGCCGAACAGAGGAAAAGAGCCGCAUAAUCGGUCUUCUCCGGGGUCGGGUUGCCGCUCUCUCUGUACACAAAUUCGCUAGCAACGUCGUUGAAAAAGCGGUUACUAACGCCAAUCGUCAAGAACGCCAAGCUCUGAUCAACGAGGUACUCGAGAAAGACUCCAAUCAUAUUCAGUCAUCGAUCGCCACUGCUGUUUCAUCGGAUGACAGAGGGGAUACCUCGGUUCUUUGGACUAUGAUGAAGGAUCAGUUUGCCAACUACGUCAUUCAAAAGAUGCUUGAUGUAGCGGAGCAUCCUAUUCGCAAGGAGCUUAUGACCCGUAUCAGGCCCUACCUCAACAGUCUGCGCAAAUAUACUUACGGGAAGCAUAUAAUCAAUAAGAUGGAGAAGUGCUACAUGAAGUCGGGCGGUAAUUGUCAUCUUCCACUUUUCCCACCACCAGCACCAGACACAGUAAGCCUCUCUUCUGAACCUUCGUCCGAUUCAUCAACAGCCAUAGCUGGUGCGUUGACAACCGAUUGGCAAGCUGAAGCACCUUCUCCUUCACUUGAUUUCGAUGAGGAGUCGCCGCCACAUCGAGGUUACCAGUUGCUGCACUGUGGCAAAACGUCGGGGCUUAUUUACGUAUCUGCGAAAGGCGAGAGCCCUUCGACAGAUGGCGAGCCAGAUACUGUCGAUCGACCGGUGGUCUCUGAAAUGGUUGAAGCUUAG